AUUGAAGUAGGGGGAGGGGUUAAAGGGCAGAGGGGCUUGAGGGAAAAAGAAGGCACGGAAUUUCUGACUGAAAGACCUUCUGAACUUACUGUUGUGUUUUUUUUAACACUGCCAAACUAACAGCCUGCGCACUUUAUACAGAAUCAAUUCCACUCCCACCCCGCACCAGAUUAUAAUCAGGUAAAGUUAAACAGUCACCAUUGCACUGGAAUUUUGUUUUUGUUUUUAAAAGUCCUCCUUUAAAUGCAGUCUCAAUGCAUGAGUUUUAAAAAUAUUUUUAUUAACUGCAGGUUUCAACAAACCAGUGUUCACUUAGCUUUAGCUGGGACACAUGUUUAUUGUAGGUUUGAUUUCAUUUGGCUGCCUUUAAAAUUGUGAAAGGGUUUUUUUUUAAAAAUUGGAGCAACUGCAUAAUGCCAUAGCAAAAAAAUCCUACAAAAUGGGGAAACCACUGAGUAGGCCUGACUGCUUACGUCAAAAUCCAGCCUGUGUGGGGAUAACUGAGGAAGAGGACAUUAAUAUUGAAGAUUGUUAUGUUCCCCAAAGAUCCAUCUAUGACACAGUGAGACUGAAUGAACAGAUAGACUCAGGCUCAAAGGGCAGCCUGGCUUCAAGACACUUGACAGAGCGUUACCUCCCAUACAGCCAGAGGACACUAGAAUCUGCCCCCUUCUCUAGCAAUGGUGCAUUAUCAGCCCCCGGUGCUCUUGAGCUGAGGGCCAGAGAGAGCACCCGACUGGACGAGAAAAUGAUCUUUGAUGCCCUGAAGCUUAACAGUGAUGCCAUCCGAACCGCUGGUGCUCCCAAGGUGAAAGCUGUGGUGGAGAAAAGGGAAAACCGGCGGUCCUGGAGGACAUUUGUUCCACCCUUCACAGACUACCCCAGCCGAGCAGAGGCUUCACCUUGUGAAAGUACAGAGGCUGCUACUUUGUCCACCUGGAGCCGCGACAAGGGCACCAGCGGCUCACUCACUUCAGAGGAGGACUCUGGGCUGUCCAGUCCCUCUGCAAGUAAAGCACAAAGGUACCCAUGGGCUAACAGUGAUAAAAUUCGUUACAGGAGUUUAUCCUCUGUGGAUGGAGUACAUUUAACAAGGGACCAUGAAGCCAAAAGAAUUGGGCCCAGUGUCACCUCUGGCGAAGAGCAAAUGUUGUCACGCGCGCCUAAAAGUGUGCCCUCUAUCACAAAGAGUGAAGACUAUGGAGUCUCCCCAACUGAAGAGGCAGAACUAAUUAUGGCCUUAGAGUUGGUUUCUGAGCAUAAUGCAAGAGAAGAUACUGAUUUUGAGGGAAAUGAAAAUACCAUGGAAUACAAUGUGAAAAAUUGUGUUGGCAAAGAAAGUCUUGAUGGGAAAUCUAACUUCAUAUCCACCCCAGCAGAGAUUAUGCCCAAGUUUUUUGAGGCACAACAGGCAGAUCUGGAAGAAGCAACAAUAGAGGAAGGAAAGGAGAAUACACUCACACAAGAGACCUGUUACUGGGAUACGGUAGUUGAAAGUCAAUCUGAAACACAGUCAGAAUGUGACCAUGUGCAGCCUUUGGUGGAACCAGAUACCCCAUUAUUUGUUCCCGGGGAAAUACCUCCUGUUGUUGAAAGCAUGACGUCUGAGUGCAAGGGUUAUUAUGAAAACACGCCAGUGAUGGACGAGGUGUGCAUCUGUAGCAUGUCAGCACUGAUAGAACAUUCUAAUGUGAACAGCAGUGGGGUUUUCACUGAUAAGCUUUCAGAGUAAUGAAGAACUUGGCCGA